AUGCCGCCCCCGUCGCCCGCGCCUCCCCCAGGGGCCCCCGUGGUGGUGCACGGCACGUGCGGCUGGAGCGACGCGUCGCUGGUGCGGUGCGGCCGCUUCUACCCGCCCGGCGUGCGCGGCAGCGAGGACAAGCUGCGCCACUACAGCCGCCACUUUGGGUGCGUGGAAGUGGACACCAGCACCUACGCCAUCCCGCGGCCCGACGUCACCAAGCGGUGGGCGCAGGCCACCACCCCAGGCUUCCAGUUCCACGUCAAAGCCUUUGGCCUCUUCUGUAGCCAGUCCUGCCAGGCCUCUGCGCUGCCUGCAGAGGCGCGCGCCCUGCUGCCGCCGCCCCAGCAGCAGCAGCAGCAGCAGCAGCACGUGCGUCUGGGCAGCCUGCCGGCGGGCGUGGAGGAGGCCUGCUGGCGCCUGUUCCACGCCGCGCUGGAGCCGCUGUACCAGGUGCGCCUGCGGCGUGACCCGGCCUGGCGGGUGCGGCUGUGUGAGGCGCUGGCGGCGCAGGGCAUCUGUCUGGUGUCUGCAGAUGAGCUGGAGCACGAGACGGCGCAGCGGGACCGCGAGCAGACGGGGCUGCCGCCCGGCGCGGUCCGCCGCGUGCUGCCCAUUGCUGUGGAAGUGACGGCGCCUGACUGGCAUGUGGCCUGGGCGGGGCGGCUGGCGGGGCGGCUGGCGCCGCGGCUGCGGGGGCCCAUUGCUUUCCUGUGGGGCACAGACUUUGAGGAUGCGCCGGUGGCCUUCUUUGCUCGGAGGCAGGUGCCACCGGCGGCGGCGGCAGCAGCAGACGUGGCAGCAGCGGCAGCGGGGGGAGUGGCGGCAGCAGCAGGAGCGGCAGCGGGCAAGACACCCGCCGGCAGGAAAAACAGCAGCUAG